AUGAGAAUUUUCUGCUAUAUUUUAGGCUUGCCGCUCCCCAAAUUCUACAAGCAGGACAAGCCAGUCCAGACAAACAACUUCUAUGGAAACUUGCUAGUGGGCGAACAAACGCUUCCGGUGUGGACACAUCCAUACAGCGUGUGGUACAGUAAGGAUCCGGACUACGUCGGCCUCGGAAUUUCGCACACCGCCAGCUCCCAGAAAGUGUUUGGUGACGACCCGAAUGCCAACCCUGUCAAGUAUUUUUUCAGUCCGGUUGGCAUUUGCUCUUUGCUCUUGACCUCACAGCAACUUCAGCAUGGCCACGAGCUGCUGGUCGGCGAGUGUGAGCGGUUCAGUUGCGGUGUCAGGUUUGAUUAUUCCGGCAAAAGCAUGUCUGUCAAGUUGGUUCAGGGGAUGGGGUUUGUGACGGCAGUUUACGAUGGUCUUAGCCCUAUGAUCAAGAGCAAGGUUGGACUACAGAACUUCCAGCAGAAACAGGGCUCAGAGCUCAAAAAGUAUGUUGUUACGCUGUUUGAUCAGACAAACUGGGUGAUCUAUUCCUCGGGAGACCUACAACUGGCCGAUGCGUACACAGUUGUCGGAACGACGCCUGGACUCGUCCAGAUUGCUAAACUGUGCGGUGACGAACAACCAUACGACGCUGCGGCAGGGGCUUACGUGGAUGAUAUGACACUUUCGGGUAGUGCUGAUAGCGUUGGACGGUACUGUUUCGACUACAAGUUGAACGGUCGCUCUGCCAGCGGGAAAACCAUCCAAUGGGCCCUACCGCACCAGUACGCUGUCUUUGACCAAUCAACCGCUUCAGAAGCCGUCAACAUGACUCUGGACUCCACAUGUAAGGGCCCGAUGAAAGCCUAUUUGACGAAGCAGUUUGUCAUGAACGAGGAGUUGCCUCCGGCAGAGGUCCAAUUCGAGCCCUGGUCUCAGCUGCACGGCUUCACUGGCUACUCCCAGGACAGACUGGACUGUAUCAGACAGAUUGCAAACGAGGAAGUCGACUCUUUCGAUGUUGUCAAUGCCUCCAACACCGACUCCAUGUACACUGCGGGUAAAAUCCUAGACAAAGGAGCGUUCAUGCUGUACGUGGUGGCGUUUGUUCUGAAAGAUGCCCAACUUGCCAGAAAACAGCUUGACAAGAUGAAACGUGCCUUCCAUAGAUUUAUAUCCAAUCAGCAGCAGGCUCCCUUGGUCUACGAGACAAACUGGAAAGGAGUGGUAUCCACCGGCGGUCUGAACGACGGGAACUUCUAUGUCGACUUUGGAAACUGCUUCUACAACGACCAUCACUUCCACUACGGAUACCAUAUCCACGCGGCCGCGCUUGUGGCUCUGGCUGAUCAAUCCUACGGAGACGGCUCCUUCCUUAAGUUUUCGAGAGCCUGGGUUGACACACUGAUCAGAGACGUUGCCAACCCGAGCAAGGAGGACUCUUAUUUCCCUGUGUUUCGCUGUUUCGACUUCUUCAACGGCCACAGCUUUGCCAAUGGUCUUUUUGCUCAUGGAGAUGGAAAAGACGAAGAAAGUAGCAGCGAAGACUACCAUUGCUACUACGGAAUAAAACUCUGGGGUCUAAUUACCGGCAACAGCCAAUUGGAAAAGCUCGCGUCACUUAUCUUGGGAAUCGAAAAGCGAGCCAUAAACAUGUACAUGUUGUACAGGUCGGACAAUACUGUUGUUCCUCCGAACUUUAAGGCCAACAAAGUUUCGGGUAUACUGUUUGAGAACAAAAUCGACCAUGCCACGUACUUUGGAUUGAACAAAGAGUACAUCCACGGGAUCCACAUGCUUCCAAUCACCCCAAUGUCGUCAUAUUUCCGGGAUCCGCAGUUUGUCGAGGAAGAAUGGAAUGAGCAGCUAAGCUCCGUGGUUGGUAGCCUGGACGACGGUUGGAAAGGCAUUCUGAUGUUGAACAGGGCUCUGUUCGACCCAAAAUCGUCCUACGAGUUCUUUGCAGCCCCAAAUUUCCAAUACAAAUGGCUCGACAACGGAAUGUCCCGUCUUUGGGCCACCGCAUUCAGUGCUGGUAUCGGGGGCUGAAAAACUGUUUUUUUGAUAAGCAUUUACAUAAGAUAAAAAAAAUA